GACUUCCAGCCCGGCGCGCUCGUUCUCGUGCGCAACUCGGACAACGAAAAGAACCUCUCCGGCAAGACGAAUCCGCGAUAUCUCGGCCCGAUGGUCGUCGUGCGACGCAACGCCGGUCGCGCCUACCUCCUCGCUGAGCUCGACGGCUGUCUCUCUCGCCUUCGGUAUGCCGCCGCUCGCCUCGUCCCGUACCGCAACCGCGCCGCCGUUAACGUC